ACCGGUACACGUCACGUAUGACCUUUGCAAAUCUCAGUCAAGGAUUCACUGCCGCCGCCGCGUCGCCGGCUGCUCCGUUGCCCCAGCGGGGUUAGCGCGCGGCAGGGUUCUCGGCCAGGGCUGCCGUCACGGUGCCCAUGACCUACUAUGGCGUGGUCACCGGCAAGCGCAGCAUCGCGGAGACCUUCUCCAGGCUCAGGGAGCAGGGCAAGACUGCAUUCAUCCCGUUCAUCACCGCGGGUGAUCCUGAUUUAGCAACGACAUCGAAAGCGUUGAAGAUCCUUGAUUCCUGCGGUUCGGAUGUGAUUGAGGUUGGCGUACCAUACUCGGAUCCACUGGCUGAUGGACCGGUCAUUCAGGCAUCUGCAACACGGGCACUUAAGAAAGGAACUACAUUUGAUUCUGUCAUAGGGAUGCUGAAAGGGGUUAUACGUGAGCUGUCUUGCCCUAUAGUUCUCUUCACAUACUACAACCCAAUUCUGAAGCGUGGGGUGCGAAACUUCAUGGCUACUAUCAGACAAGCUGGUGUAAAUGGACUUGUAGUACCUGAUCUUCCUUUGGAGGAGACAGUGUUGCUGAGGAGCGAGGCCAUUAUCCACAACAUAGAGCUGGUGCUGCUUACAACACCAACCACGCCAACAGAGAGGAUGAUGGAAAUUGCAAAAGCUUCAGAAGGAUUUCUUUAUCUUGUGAGUGCUGUUGGAGUUACAGGUGCACGCUCAAAUGUAAACUUACGUGUGGAACAUCUUCUUAGGGAGAUCAAGAAGGUUACAGACAAACCUGUAGCUGUUGGCUUUGGUGUAUCAACUCCAGAGCAUGUGAAACAGAUCGCAGGCUGGGGAGCAGAUGGUGUGAUUAUUGGGAGCGCAAUUGUUAGACAGUUAUGUGAAGCUGCUACUCCUGAAGAAGGGCUGAAAAGGCUAGAGGAGUACACCAGGAAUAUAAAGGCCGCUAUGCCAUUGAGGUGAUCACGCCCAUCAUGAGCAAGCUGAUUAGAACACAACAGAAUACCAGUUUCAGUGGUAGUCUGGUCAAGGAUUAGGGCACCCAUUGUUCAGCUAGUGUUGUUUGGUGCUUCCGCCGUGCUGGAACUCUAUCCCUGCCUAGAAUUCUAAUUCGAAUAAAGGUGGUAGUUCGUUAAUUGUCUGAAGUAUAAGAUUGUGAUAUUUUAUCAUGGUUUUGAGGGAAAGGAUUCUAAAAUUUCAUAUGCUGAUCCUUUUUCUCUGAAAGAUGGAAUAUUAGAAUGAGGCUGCCCUGACUCCUUAGAGGAUAGGAAUAAGAGAGGAUAAGGUCAUGCUGAUUUAUAUGGCUGGCUUGUGAUUUGAACCCGGCAGUUGAUGUCCAUGGAUGAGACAGCAUAAUGGGCUGCUCUGAAAAUGACAUUGCCUUCAGAGUAUGUCUCUUGCUCUCUUCUGGAAGAAUAUUAGGGGCAGAGAAUGAUCCCACUGGUCCCAGAUGUUGGGUUUUUGGAUAACGAAGAGUCAAUUCCGGUCUCUUCUUGUGUCGGUACCCUUUUAAUCUCUAUUAUUGUCAAUUCAGUCCCGGAUGCUGAGUUGCAAAUUCAGUCUCGAAGCUUGUCAUGGUGGCACGAAAGAGAUGAAGCAUAUCUGGAUGUGAAGAAGCAGUGUUGAUAUUGAACUGCCCAUGUACAGGUAGCUGCGUAUGACUUGUGCUCCUGCAUUUGUGCAGCAAUGUAAGUGCACAGCCAAAGUUGAGGGCAAGGGUCUAGGGCCCGUGAAAAGUCAAUUGCGUGCGCCAAGACGCAUCGGGGAAGCGACGCUGCGCAAUCUUCUCACGUUCAAGUGGAUCCCAAAACUCCGCCUAGAAA